AUGACGGCUGCAGGUUCCCCCCCGCGUCCCUUCAAGAGACCCCUCCACCGCCGAACCCCCUCUAGCCUCGAAAUCGUCCAAGAGGAACUCCCCACCAUGGCGACCCCCGAAGAUGCAGACAUAGGCGGUAUCCCCAAAUCCAGGUCGGAACCGCAGCUGGGAGUCUCUGAGCUUUCGGCCCGUCCGACUCCAGGCGACUCUACGCUGCUGGAUGAGCCUGUAUCCUCCGCAAACCAACCACUUUCCACGCCUGGUCUCUCCCGCUCUGCCUCGUUCUCCAACAGCUCCUACCACGAUGACUCCGACGUCGAAGAUGCCGCCUUCUUCCCGCCCGUCGAGAAGCUCACCAUGUUCGACUUUGUCGAGAACCUCGCCCUGUCGCAGCGUAUCGAGAAGAUCCAGAGCUCCAUCGCCUCCCAGACAGAGAAGAUCAAGAACCAGGCCAAGAACCGGGGCAUCACAAAAGACCGCGUUGUGGAAGAAUGGCGGCGCAGAGUGCCGUCGGAAGCAGAGCAGCUGGAGAAGUACAAGAGACGCAUGCGCCAUUCGGUCGACCGCCUGAACCGCCGCUGGAACGAGUCGCUCACCGUCACUGCGCGCGAAAAGGCCUCGUUCAUCGCCGCCGUCAUGAACAUCUUCGUCUCUGGAUACCUCGUGGGCUGCCACCCUGACCUGUUCCCACACUGGUACACGGCUCAGUUGCUCUACUUUAUGCCUAUCCGCUUCAUGACCUACCACAAGAAGGGCUACCACUACUUCCUGGCCGAUCUGUGCUACUUCGUCAACAUACUACUGGUUCUGAGUGUGUGGGUUUUCCCGCAGUCUAAGCGCCUGUUCAUCGCGACAUACUGCCUCUGCAUGGGAAACAAUGCCGUCGCUAUUGUCAUGUGGCGUAACUCGCUAGUCUUCCACAGCAUGGACAAGGUCGUCAGUCUCUUCAUCCACAUUAUGCCCUGCGUCACGCUGCACUGCCUCGUUCACCUGCUACCCCCGGAAUACCAGCAAGAGAAAUAUCCCGCCAUCUACGACAUCCGCCACUCCGACCCAACCUCGCCUCACCACUACAACCUACUGCAAAUGAUGGUCUGGGCCACUUGUCCAUAUGCUGUCUGGCAAGUCGCCUACCACCUUCUCAUCACAGUACGUCGCCGCGAUAAGAUUGCCGCUGGCCGACCUACUAGCUUCACAUGGUUGCGCAAGUCGUACGCCAAAACCUGGAUCGGCAAGAUAGUCCUCUCGCUGCCCGACUUCAUGCAAGAGCCUGCCUUCAUGUUCAUUCAAUACAGCUAUGCUGUCGUCACCAUGCUACCCUGCCCCGUCUGGUUUUGGUACCGCUGGCCGAGUGGUUUGUUCCUCACCGUCGUCUUCAUCUGGAGUGUCUACAACGGCGCAACCUUUUACAUCGACGUCUUCGGCAACCGCUUCCAGAAGGAGCUGGAACAACUGAAGAAGGACAUGGCAAAGUGGCAGGCGUCGCCCGAAGGCGGUUUCACGCCCUUUACACCAAUGGAAGGAGGCAAUGAGAAGCAAUUAGGUUACAUCCCUCCUCUCGAAGGCAGCACAAGCGUCAAGCCUGUGGAUGGAGAGACAAGGGAGAGGAAGUAG